AUGCUCGGGACACGGCUGGCACUCCUGGCCCUGGCGCUGGCCACCCAUGGGGAGCUCGGGGCGGCCCUGCAAUGCUACACCUGUCCUGAGCCUGUGACUGUGUCCAGCUGUGUCACCAUCGCCAACUGCAGUGCCAGUGAGACCAUGUGCAAGACCACGCUCUACUCCCGGGAGAUCGUGUACCCCUUCCUCGGGGACUCCACGGUGACCAAGUCCUGUGCCAGCAAGUGUGAACCCUCGGAUGUGGACGGGAUCGGCGAGACCCGGCCAGUGUCCUGCUGCAACAACGAGCUGUGCAACACGGACAGCGCAGUGCCCACGGGCGGCCCCCACCACCUGGCCUUGGCCCUGGCCCUCGCCCCACUGCUGGGCCUCCACCUCUAG